AUGAAGCAGCCUAAAAUGACCAAUUUCAUAGAGUUGCUUGUAAAGAAAGUACCGUAUAAAUACAACCUAAAGAAGUACAAGAUGUCAAGAAGACCAGUUGAACAGCUUGGAUACGAGGUUGAUGACUCCCAUAAAUUCAGAAACAGUGUUUACGUGUUCGAGGCACCAGCAAAAUCAGAAAAAGUAAAGAAGAAGAAAAUGAACAUGGAGACAUAUACGGAUAGAAUGGGACCGGAGCUGGAUACAUAUGCGAUUGACACUGCUAAUUGGGAGCAACAGAUAUUCGAUAGCGGUAAUGGAAGACCACCAAUAGACAACGAGGUUCGUGAAUAUGUGAAUAGGCUAUUGGACACAAACUGGGAGGCAAACAUAAUAUACGAUGGGGUUCCAAGGUAUAGGUCACUGAUUCUACACGCAGAUGAUCCAAAUUUGAUUUUUGAGGCUGUUGAAAAGAAGUCGAAAAUAAAGAAAAAAAACUACAAAAACACGAAUUUUGAGAAGCCACUUAAGAACAAGUACAACAUAAGCAACGACAAGUACUAUGAGAAUGAAACGAAGACAAAGACAUCAUUGGUUGCAUUUGGUGUACAGCACUCAAUUCCUGCUCUGAAAUUGAAUCCUGUUUUCUACAGGGUUGACCUGACUGAUGAAGAACUCAGAAACUUCCAUAAGCCGCCUCUUAGAAUCGAGAACAAGAUAUUCAUGUUCUCGAGACCAAUGCAAAUCACUCCAAGUUCCAGCAUCAUCAAGAAGCCGUACGAAAUCACAUGCAACGACCUGGCUGAUUUUGUACUUUUUGAAUACUCUGAAGAGAAUCCGCUUUUUAUUGUGAAUCCAGGAAUGGUCAGCGUAUGCAACAAGUACUACAGGAAAGUUGACACCAGUGAUGAUCUGGAUCCAAAGAAUCAUAUUGUGUUGGAACCAGAUGAUGAAGGACCCUUUCUGGGAUAUGGGGAAAUACCAAAGGGAGAAACAGGAGAGUGUUUGGACAACAACCUGUUUGUAGCACCGUUAUUCAAACACAAAUCGAAUGAUUAUCUGAUAAUUUGUACACAAGACAAAUUGAUAUACAGAAAGAUUCCCUUUGCGUAUCUUGUAGGACAGGAGUUACCAAAAGAAGAAAUAUUCAUCCCACAAUCAAGGAAAUUGAAUCAGUUUUGUAGAGAUGAAGUUAAAGUGCUGGCAUUCAGACACUUUAACAAGAAUCAGGAGUUAUCAGGAGCAGUUCUAGAAAGGGUGUUACCACAUUUCUCAGAUGGAGCCAAACGAAAGUGGCUUAAGGAAUUCACAGAUGCAUCCAAAAAGGGAAAAGAGACAUUUUUCACACUGAAAACAAAUGCACUGGUUUUGAAUGAAGAGGAAAUUAGAAAAUUGGUUACACCUGAAAACAUCUGCCAAUAUCAGAGCAUGUUGGCAGGAGAGAGAAGAAUGGAAGAUUUGGGAUACAGAAUACUUGAAGAUGAGAACGAGGAGACCGAUUACAUUCCAAACUGGCUCCUUUGCAGAAACUUCGUGAAUGCGUCAAAUGGGAAAGGUCUUCUUGAAAUCAGGGGACAAUACGAUUCAACAGGAAUUGGAGAGGCCAUGUCAUUUGGAAGGGUGAAAUUUAAGAAGGCAACAGAGGCAGAAAAUAGAAGAUUGAUGUCUGAUCAUCAGGCUAAAUAUAAAUCAGAGAUAUUAUCAGUUUGGAAUAAGCAGUGGAUAUCAUUGAGUUCAAGUGCUGUUCUGGAGAAGCCAGCGCCAAAACCAAAGAGCAAGGCAACCAAAGCAGAAGAAGCAAGUCAGAGCGAGACCAUAGUUGAAUCCAAAUCACUGAUCAUCAAGAGAACGUAUUUUGAGAAUGACCGAAUGGUGGAGAGAAUGCAGAAGAUAUCGGAUCCAAAAGUAAUCAGGGCGUAUCUAAAGGCACGUAAGAAAGUGAAAGUGGAUGAUAAGAAGGUAUCACUGAAAUGUUCAAGUUGUGGACAAACAGGUCACAUGAAGACGAAUAAGAACUGUCCAAAUUAUGUGGGAACCAAAAAGAGUGUUAAGGAAAAGAAGAAAGGCAAGGCACUGAUGCAGGAGAGACUGCUCAAGCUAAUCAACCAGUUCUCAGCCAUUCCAUAUUCAUCCCCAUUUCAUAGGCCUGUUUCCGACAAGAAGUUCCCAAUGUACAAGACGAUUGUACAUAAUCCAAUGGACUUUCUUAAGAUGAAAAGCAACAUCAAAGGGGGAGUCUAUACUAAGUACGACAUGUUUCUGAAUGACAUUAAGCUCAUAUACGAGAAUUGUAAGUUGUUUAAUGGACUAACACACUCUCUGACUGAUAUUUCAAAUGACUUCUACGAGAGAGCAAAGACCUAUAAGGUUGAAAACUACAUUGACCUGACUGAAAUUGAGCAUAAAAUUGAGAAGAACGAGUAA